CUAUAUUCCUGUUUGCUUUUGUAUAUUUCUCAAGUGUGACUUUGUAAACCUUCAAGAUGUUGAAGUUUAAUUCAAAUUAAAAUAGGGUUUGUACACUUCUGUUUUUCACCAAUCCCCGAGUGAUUUUACAGAACUGAACCACAGAAAUGAUAGUAUAAAUGAAGAAGAAAAAAACCUAAGUUUCUUGAUCUUAAAAUUAAGAAAAUGAAAGAGUUAAAAAUCAGAAUUACCAUUACAAAGUAUGUGUUUGGUUCCAUAAGGACUAUUUUCCUACAAGUAGUGAGGCUCAUUAUAGUGUGCAGUACCCCUAGGGCAUCUGUUUUCAGUCUUUGUAGCUUGUACAUAACUGGUCAGAAGAAGAGGUUCCCAGCAGUCAGAAGUGAGGCCCGUUUCCUUUAAAAUGCUGGGCCCAAAAGAGGAGAUGUUUACAUCAGAGGCAGGCAGAGAAUCGAGUUUACCUUGGGCAGAAUACCCAGAGGAAUUGGAAAGGUUUCUUUUUGUUUGUGAGAUGAAAAACUGCAAUAAAUGUAUCUAUUUUGAAGCUAAGAAGAAACAGGAUCUCUAUAUGUGGCUUUCAAAUUCACCUCAUGGACCAUCUGCUAAAUUCCUAGUUCAAAAUAUUCAUACCCUCGCUGAACUAAAGAUGACUGGAAACUGUUUGAAAGGUUCUCGGCCCCUUUUGUCUUUUGACCCUGCUUUUGAUGAAUCACCACAUUAUGCUUUGCUAAAAGAACUCUUAAUUCAGAUCUUUAGUACACCACGCUACCAUCCCAAAAGCCAACCAUUUGUGGACCACGUGUUUACUUUCACUGUUUUGGAUAAUAGGAUAUGGUUUCGGAACUUUCAGAUCAUAGAAGAAGAUGCUGCUCUUGUAGAAAUAGGACCUCGCUUUGUCUUAAAUCUCAUAAAGAUUUUCCAGGGAAGUUUUGGAGGACCAACUUUAUAUGAAAAUCCUCACUACCAGUCACCAAACAUGCAUCGGCGUGUCAUAAGAUCCAUCACAGCUGCAAAAUAUAAGGAGAAACAGCAAGUUAAAGAGGCACAAAAACUGAGAAAGAAAGAACCAAAGACCAUUCUUCCACAUGAUCCCACUGCAGAUGUUUUUGUUACACCAGCUGAGGAAAAACCUAUAGAAAUACAGUGGGUAAAACCAGAGCCAAAAGUCGAUUUGAAGGCAAGGAAGAAAAGGGUUUACAAAAGACAAAGAAAAAUGAAACAGAAGUUUUCGACUAAGAAAUGCCUUCCUGAGUGUAUAAUUAGGCUACUUGAUCUGAAAGUAAUCUAAAUGAUAGGGCUACUUGAAGUCUUCUAAAUUAUGCAGGUAAUUCAGGUCAGGUCAUCUUGAUAAAUCUGGUCUUGUAUGAAAA